CACCACGAACCACUAACAAGUUUCACUCCAUCAGGAUGAUGCAAAUGUGGAUUGUUUUGAUUUUUCUUGGUCAAGGAGAUACACUAAUAUCAGUGACCACACGCCAACUAGGUGAACCUGUAACCUUUACUUGUUGGCUUUCUGAUUCGGACUACAGUAACACUCGAAUAAAGUGGUAUAAGCAGACUAAUGGAGAUACUCUAAGAUUGAUAACAACCCUGAUGAAAUCAACUGCCCACCCAUCAUUUGAGCAAGGAUUUUCUCCCUCACGGUUUGCUGCAAACUACACCACAUUCAAGAGCACGUUGACUAUCUUCAAAACUUUUAAAGACGAUGAAGCCCUGUACCACUGUGCGGUAUCUACCUGGAAAACAGAUGAGUGGUUUGGGACUUAUUUGUCUUUGAAAGACAUAAAUACAAGAUCAUUAAACUACACUGUUGUUCAGUGGCCAGCUGUAUCUGCCCCACUUCAGCCUGGGGACUCGGUUACCCUCCAGUGUUCAGUCCUCCCUCAUUCCCAGACUGGAUCCUGUCCAAGUGAACGCAGGGUGUCCUGGUUUGGCAUCAGAAAAGACACUUUCCUUGGAAGCGUCAUCUAUACAGAUCAAAAUUUGUCUUACAGUUGUGACAAGAAACCAGACACAUCAUCCGAUUCAAAAAGAUGUGUUUAUCACUUCUCAAAGAAUGUCAGCUCUGAUGAUAGUGGGACUUACUACUGUGCACUGGCCAUGUGUGGGGAGAUUAUAUUUGGAAAUGGAACCAAACUUGAAAUUGAAGUCAAAGAUGGCGACAGAUGGCCAAAUGAUGGCCUGCUUCUGAUGUGUACUCUUGUGGCAGUAAGUAGCUUUGCCAUUGUUAUUACCAUUAUCAGGACAAAAGGAGAUUUUUGGAAAGUUGAUAAUUGUUCACAAGGAAAAGUCGAAAAGCAGAAACAAAAGAAAGAAGUGGACAAACGGAUUUACUCCACCGUUGUCUUUGGCAUAAUAAAAAAUACAAGACAAGAAGAAAAAGAUGCAAAAGCAGUAAACAGGGAGAAAAUCUUUGGUGCUCUAAAACCAUUAGGAGUAGAAUAACAAGUGCAGAGAUUUAUUGGUUCUCCAUGCUGAGUUUGUGAUGUAGGAAGCUAAGGAAGAGUCAGUGAGCUGAAUUCAUAAACUCCAUUUAUUAUACCAAAAUACAGCUGGUCCAUUCUGACAUGCUGCCUUUUUUUGUUUCUCUGAGCUUUGCCCCAAAGAGGGUAUUGUGUCAUCGCUUACUUCAGCUCCCAUUAGCAUUUCCUAACAUGUGGUUUUCUUUAGGUGUAGCUUCGCUUUAGUUUAGCAACUAGCUAAAAGAGAAAAAAAAAUAAAAACAAAGAAUUACUUAUUUUCAGCAUGUGGUUCUUUUUAAUCAAGAACCACAUAGCUGGAGCAGGAGGCCCUAUACAGCCCUACUUUCUCUCGUGACCACUAAUACCACUAACUUUCAGUGCUGUCUUUUGUAUGUUUGUUUUUUCAAAAUCUUUUUCUGGCACUGGUGGCUUUUGUUUCAGAAAUGUGAAAGGACAGGCCAAAGGAGAAGGAUGACUGCAUCAAUGUCUGCAGCCUCUGGAUACGGGAAGCCCACUAUAGUCAAUGUGCCACUUAAUGUAUAGCUCUACGUAAUGUAAUUUUCAUUAUAACAUAAAGUAAUACAUAUCAAAACACUUAAAUUCACACUGUACUAGUCUGAUCACAAUACUGAUCUGUUAAAUUAGCUUUUGAAAUCAAGGCAUUCUCAAACUGAAUAUUUAAAAGAGCCGUUCUCAUAAAACUGAUAGAGUAGAAUAUGCCACUUGUGAAAGUAGCAAUAAAAUGGAUAAAAUACUGAAAGUUGUUAAUCAUGCUUUUUUUCCCCUAAUUUAGAAAAGUGAAACCAUAAAGAAGAAAUAUUCUG